GAAAAGUAUUUAUAAUUGCUAUCGAAGUAAAAAAAAAUGCCGAAAGAAAUCAUCAAAAAUGUUUCUGGUGAAGUAAAGAGUGGUCAAAUGUUGGCAAUAAUGGGCGCCAGUGGCGCCGGAAAGACAACGCUAUUGAAUGUAUUGACGGCCAGAAACCCAUUGAAACUACGAGUGAAAGGAGUGGUGCUAUUGAAUGGACAGGCGGUCAGUGCGGAGACAAUGGCAUCGCUUUCCUCAUACAUAGAACAACACGAUUUGUUUCAUCCCUUCCUUACAGUUAGAGAACAUCUCGUCUUUCAAGUACUUGUCGUGUGA